AUGAGAGACAGAACAGAAGAGAGCUGUCAAGCUACGAGGAGGCAGCGGAGAGAAGACUUGUUUUUUUUUCUAGGAAUACGUUUACUCUAGAAGGAUGUGUUGGCCGGUGACAGCGGUCCUGCUGCUUGCCCACCUCGGGGCCACCUUGACGGGGGCAUGGAGAGCAUCUCAGCCAAGACUGCAGUUCACGCACUCAGAGCUGAUUCAGAAUGGCCGCCUGCUGACGCUGCCCCUAGUGGCCGGUGACCUACACUCCUUGGUUCCCGAUGAAGACGGGAGGCAUCUGUAUGUGGCCAUGAAAGAUAACCUGCUGUCUACCAGCCUGGACGACAUAACACAGAACCCACGCAAGCUGUACUGGCCAGCCAGUCCGGACCGUGUCCAAGAAUGUCUCAUGGCUGGGAAGGAUCUAGAGUUGGAGUGUGCCAACUUCCUGCGAGUUCUGCAGCCUUUUAACCAGACUCACCUGUAUGUGUGUGGCACUGGGGCCUUCAACCCACGCUGUGCUUUCAUAGCGACCAGCAUCUUCCAACGGUCAGAGCACCAGACUCUCUCCUACAGCCAGACAGAGUGUGGGAAGGGGAAAUGUCCGUAUGAUCCAUUCCAGAAAACAGCCUCCGCUGUUGUUGAUGGAGAGCUGUAUGCUGGAAUCACCUCAGACUUCAUGAGCAGGGACUCUGCCUUCUUCCGUAGUCUCGGCAGUCGUCACGUCAUCCGCACUGAGCAGUAUGACUCCACCUGGCUGCAGAAUGCCCAGUUUGUGCGGGUAGCGCCGCUGUCUGAAACUGAUAACCCAGAGGAUGAUAAGGUCUACGUGUUCUUCACUGAGCGCGCUCAGGAAGCAGAAGGGGCUGCUGGGAAGGUGCUCUACUCCAGGGUGGCACGUGUGUGCAAGAAUGACAUCGGAGGCCAGAGGAGUUUGGUUAAUAAGUGGAGCACUUUCCAGAAAGCUCGUAUGGUGUGUUCAGUCCCUGGACCAGAUGGUCUAGAGACACACUUCAACCAACUGCAGGACAUCUUCAUCCUUCAGGGGAAAGACAAGAAGAACCCUCUGAUCUAUGGUCUGUUUACCACCUCGAGUGAUAUUCUGAAUGGCUCGGCGGUGUGCGUUUAUCGAAUGGAGGAUAUCGUUCGUGCGUUCAAGGGAAAUUUCCUGCACAAGGAGGGGCCUCAGUAUAAGUGGGCAGAAUUUACAGGCAAGGUGCCUUACCCCCGACCUGGAACUUGUCCGAGCAGCACAUACGGAAGCUACAGUUCGACGAGAGAGUAUCCGGACGACGUCAUCUUCUUCAGCAGAACACACCCGUUACUGCAGGAAAAUGUGCUACCACUGGGAGAGCGCCCCCUCCUUGUCAGAGUUGGAGUCCAUUACAAGUUCAGUAAACUGUUGGUGGACAGAGUGGAGGCCAUCGACAGCACCUACGAUGUUCUGUUCAUCGGCACAGACUCUGGUCUAGUGUUGAAAGCCAUCCACCUGCCCAGAGAACAUGGUCAGAGUCAGGAGGUCACACUGGAGCAACUGCAGGUCUUUCAGCACAAAUCACCUGUGACAGCCAUGACACUCUCAAAGAAAAAGCAGUGGUUGUUUGUGGGCUCCAGGGAGGGAGUGUCUCAGCUGGCCCUGUACCAGUGUGAGCUGUACGGUCAGGCCUGCGCUGAGUGCUGCCUGGCCAGAGAUCCAUACUGCACUUGGGACGGCCACGCCUGCAGCCCCUACAUGCCCACUGUGCGCAGGAGGAAUGCUCGUCAUUUAGGGGAGGAGGAGGAUCCACUAACUCAGUGUGUCAGGCAGGGAGCUGUGCUGCAGGUGGAGGCGGAGCAGAGAGUGAUGAUGGUUGCCGAGGGAAACAGCACCUACCUGGAGUGUCUGCCGCGAUCCCGGCACGCUGCCGUUACCUGGUACAAACAGGCUGGAGAGAACAGUCCUGAACUAAACCAGGUGGUAACAGGUGACCAGCUGGUGGUCAUUGAGCGGGGCGUCCUGAUUCGUCGAGCAGAGUUGUCUCACGGCGGUGUUUACCACUGCCAGGUCGAGGAGCAUGGCUACCACUGGACUGCCGUCACCGUCCGCCUCGCCGUGUGGAGCCAGUCGGCCAAUCACCUCCUUUCUCCGUGGUCCAGCUCAUCCCAUCAGAGCAGGGGAACGCAGCCGUGGUACGAGGACGUGAUGACGUUGAUUCACCCGGGAAACCUCGGCCAGCACUGCAGGGCUCUGGGAUACCGCCCUCCGCGCAACCACCGUCGCCAUGGUGACAUCAUGGUGGAGCCAGCCAAGGAGAAAGAGAGAGGGGAGAGGCACAAGCACGGAGGAGGAGGAGGGGGAGGGAGAGCAGCAGGGAGGAAGAGCAGGAGCAAGCACCAGCAGAGAGCGCCAAGGAGCGCUUGAAUGUUCCGCUGAGCAGGAGACGCACACACACAUUCAUGUUAACAUAUACAAUACUACACACACACACACCUACACUUAAUUUAUACACACAUACUGUAUGUACAGAGACUACGACAGACGCAUGCACUUAUCUACAAAGAAAAAAGGCAUAAUUUCAUCAUGGUGUGAAACUUUUAAACUAAGCUACUAAACAAACUGAAGUAUGUACAGGUGGAUGUGAAUAGCGGUUUGACCUGGACACGGACUUUGUAAAUAAAUACAAGUAAGGCGUAAAGGUUGUAGAGCAUGCUGAAUGGAUCAUGAACCGCAUUUCCACAUCACUCACUUUUGUCUGACUGUGUCGUGACAAGGACAAUUUAAAGGAAUGUUUGGGAUUUGGAUUCUUUCCAGAGAGAGGAAAAAAAAGGUUUAACAAAACACAAACACAAACCCUAAUGAAUAAUUGCUGUCUUUAAAGGACUACCAUUAUUGUUUGUGUAUGUCUUUGCCAAUUAGUUACAAAUCACACACAGCCAACUGUUCUCCCAAACAGACCAGAUGUUUUUAGAUUGAUUUUCAACUUUCAGGCAAACACUGGUUUCCAUUACGUUCAGGAGGUUUAAAAAGAAAAACAUUCCUUGUGUGGAAACUUGAGAGAAAAUGCUUGAGCCGUUAUGAAAUGUUACUCUGCAAUGCAGUAAUGUUUCAAGGACACUUGAGUCAGUGGAGAGUUGACUGCUCAAGAGCCUUUUCAAUAAAGAGCUAUAUUGUUGGAGAUAAACAAUCAGAGCGCCCCCCCACCACCUAAGAAGAUGAGUGAGGGAGUGAGUGAGUGCGUAGGAUAAAAAGAAGUAAUUAUACAUCACUGAUACAACUAUCUAAUAUUCUCUGUGAUGAGUGCAUUGUUUUUUGGAAAAUGAUUGCUAAUCAAAAGGCGCCACACAGCAGCACAGCACUGACUUGACUUUUAUGCAGUUUGUCCCCGACGAACAUAUAACAAUGUCGUAGUUCACCUAAAGCGAGCGCUUUGUUGGGUUUCUCAGAUGGGCGGAGUCUGACCACAAUAUGAGUGACUGACCACAGCCGCUGAGAUGAAAGACGGAGAGCUGCAGUGACUGCUUUGAGGAGGUUACGGAGCAACUUUCCCAGGUCAUUAGUGUUCUGUGUUGCAGAAGAGAUGUUUCCAUUAUGUUCCCCCUCAACAUCUUGGUACAGUCUUGUUAGCUGUUCAGUGCAGGUGUGUGUGUGUGUGUGUGGGGGGGGUAAGUAAGCAAAGCUUUUGCUGUGCUUUGUCAAUCCUAUUUUGAGUGUUGAGCUUUGGUUUCCCCACACGUGGACGCGAGUACAGUGGACAGAUUUAGGAAACAUGUUCAUGUUUAUUUUCUUUACAAACAGAAGGAACGCCUGCACGUCAUCUCCAGUCUAGAGAGAGAUCAAUAAAUCUCACGUUGCUGUUACGUCAUGAGGCACAAACAGACCUUUCAGAAACAGGUUUGGUACUACCAGAUAAAUGUGACGCGCCACAUGACGGGUUUUUUUUAGUAGUGUUGAAUUCACAUUUGCAGCAAGUAAAAUCUGAACGUUCAUGUAUGUAACACACAUUCAAUCACUGGUUAAAGAUGUGCAGUCAUCUCUGAUACGACCUGGACGUGUUUCAAACUGAACUGCUAAAGGAACAAAGAAGAGCACACAUGUUUUCAAGCUAUGGCUCAGGACCCAAAAAAUGGGCCAGUUGUGAGCGUCGGGAGGUACGCCGGUGCAGGCUGUGCUGCUCCCUGACAUCUCGCUGUGAACGCUGAAGCAGGCCUGCUGUGUCAUAUAAAGAAAGCUUUACCACAUAAAGCUGGAACUUGAGAAAGUGCGAAACAUGACUGGCGUCAAGAGGAUCAGAGCGGCUUCACUGACUUUGCAGAGGCAGUAAAUUGUGAUUUGUGCUUGAUGUUAAGAUGUUAAAACUAACAACGCGUGUUCCAUCUCUAUUUAACGUUCUGCUGCUUUGUGUGGUAUUUAUUUGUUUCAUGUGCAGUGGAAAUACUUGUUUCAGUUUUUGGGAAAUGCUGGAAGCUCCCCCGUCAGGUCGCAAACGACAGUAAACACUUAACAUGUGAGCGUGUUUGCAGGUCUCUCUCUUUGUAGAUCUUUGAAUGCACUCUUUCUCCUGUGUCUGUGGACAGCCAGGGAAUCUAGUUACUGUAAAAACUAAAUGGGCUGUAAAGUGCGGGAACUAAAAUUUGACACUUUGUUCUUCUGCUUCUCAAGACAACAGAUACAAACUGUAGGAAGAAGAGGAGGAGAAAGCCACACACUCUGACUGAAUUAAAACAUUUCUCUAGUUCACUCCAAUAAUAACAGCUUCUCGCUUAUUUAUAUAUUUAUUUUAGUCCCACUUGAUGAUGCCGAGCAUAUUAAAUGUAUAUGAUCCCAGUUCUUUUGCUGUUCUGGCUGGUGGGCCAACAAAAUGGAUGAUGGAGGGUUGACCUGGUUUAAAAUCAGGGCCAGAAUGAGGUUUAGGAUUGUGGUUACACUUUGAUUUGUAGGAGAUUGGGUUAUGGUUAUGGAAAGCAUUAUGUCAAUGUCACUAAUGGUCCCUCUUGAGAGGUGCGUGCGUGCGUGCGUGUGUGCGUGUGUGCACGUGGGAAUGGAUUUGGGACACACUGGAUGCUGUGGAAAAACAAACCAAAAUGUCUCUUAAAUGAGAGAAAAGAGUUAACGUGGGCUUGGCUCCUCGAGUUUAACCACAUGAAAGACCUGACUCGCGCUGGGCUACUUCUGUGUUUCAAACGCAAAAGAAAGUGGGUUUAUGUGUGAGCAUGUGACUCUGAGGAAUUGCAGUGGUGAAAAUGUCAAACCUAGGAUGUAUGGGGUUAAUAUAAUCGGGGGUUGGGGGGGGGAAGUGUUCUCAAGUUGCUGUCAGUGCUGUUAACAGAGCUGCGCUACAGUCAUGUUUCCUGGUGUUAACAACAUAAAUAGAGCACAUGAGUCACCGUGUGAGGGUCCGAGACUCGUCUGUACAUCAAACAGCCUUCUUGCCUUUCUUAAAAACUGAAACAAGGUGCCUAAUGUUCAUGUUGAAAGUGAAAUGAUCGUCGACUGAUGACCUGGCUUGUAACGCUUAAACAUCCUUUCAUUUUUCCAUCGUUUCGACUAAUGUCACAUGCAAUUUCUUCAUGCUACGAAUGUUUUCAUAGCAUUCUGUCAGACGAGGCAGUGGGCACUUGGAGCUAUAUCGGUUAUAUUGGGGAAAUUAAUAAACUCGCACAAACAAACGUCAUGCCCUUGGUCUCCAUCGUCCAUUUUGAAUGUAAAUAGAUGCCCAAGUGAAUUGAAUUUGAGGUACUUUUGUCUCCACCCUCCCAUUUGGCAUGAACCAAAUCCAACAAGCUAAAAGAAAAAUAAUGGAGUCUGUGUGCACUCCAGCUUGUGGAUAUUGUGCAUAUACUGUAUUUGUUUAAAGUGUGUAUAUACGUGUAUGUGUUAAAUCUAACGCCACACGUGUAGGGUCGAGGCAGAACUACACGGCAUUUUUAUAGUGGACCAUUUGAACGUUUAAUGUUUCCUUGGAAGACGCGGUGCGGAGUUGCUUCUCGUCCGUUACAAUGGCCUUGUGUGUGUUUCACUCUGUAGUGUUGUAUUUACGACUCGGUGCCAAUAUUAGUCUCUUGUGAUUUUUCCAGUGCAAGCUCUUUGCAGACGCAAUGAAACUGUCGUCAAAUGAUUUCCUCUCUUGUGCAGAGACUUUGUUCCUCUCUAAGUAAAUAUGUAUCGGUCUGCUUUCAAAAUAUUA